CCAACCAGGCCUGUCUCGCAUCGCAGGCUCUCCCUCCUCUCCGUCCUUCCCGAAGCACGCAGCGCGCUCUCUCUACAGAAUCCCAUUCCACACGCGCCGCCCCAGCCGCAGGCGAGGCUACGGUGGUGCUGCUGCGUGCUCACCCUCCCCUGCUCUGCGGCCUCGAGAAUUUAACUUUGGAGUACCAGUGAUGCAAAGGGACACUAGCUCUAGCGAUGCUUCUGCUUCUCAUGCAGGGCGCGUAAGACGUCGCAGACAUGCAACUGAGGCUACCACAGAUGGGAAUAGAGCUAAUGGACAGCCGUUGCUUGUCAAUGAUCAGAACAAGUAUAAAUCAAUGCUUAUCCGUACAUAUUCUACAGUAUGGAUGAUUGGAGGCUUUGCCUUUAUUGUUUAUAUGGGUCAUUUAUAUAUCUGGGCCAUGGUGGUUGUCAUUCAAAUAUACAUGGCAAGAGAGCUUUUCAACCUACUCAGAAAAUCCAGUGAAGAGAAACAGCUGCCAGGGUUCAGGCUGCUGAAUUGGCACUUCUUUUUCACGGCAAUGCUGUACACUUAUGGGCGCUUUCUUAGUCGGCAGCUUGUGAAUACAGUAACUUCAGAUCACUUGCUUUAUAAGGUCGUCAGUGGCCUAAUAAAGUAUCAGAUGUUUAUCUGUUAUUUUCUUUAUAUUGCUGGCUUUGUAUGGUUUAUUUUGACUCUGAAGAAAAAGGCAUACAAGUAUCAAUUCAAACAGUAUGCGUGGACGCACAUGAUACUUUUAACGGUUUUUGCACAGUCCGCUUUCACUGUGGCAAACAUAUUUGAAGGGAUAUUCUGGUUUCUUUUGCCUGCUUCACUUAUUGUGAUCAACGAUAUCUUUGCUUAUUUAUUCGGGUUCUUUCUUGGGAGAACACCACUAAUCAAGUUGUCCCCAAAGAAAACCUGGGAAGGUUUUAUUGGUGCAUCAGUGACAACUAUCAUCUCUGCUUUUCUGUUAGCAAAUGUAAUGGGUCGUUCCCAAUGGUUGACAUGCCCAAGAAAGGAUCUGUCAACUGGGUGGCUUUAUUGUGACCCUGGUCCAAUGUUUAAGUCAGAGCAUUACUCGUUGGAAGAAUGGGUGCCACAUUGGUUCCCAUGGAAAGAACUAGCCAUUAUGCCUGUGCAGUGGCAGGCUUUAGCCCUGGGUUUGUUUGCAUCAAUAAUAGCACCAUUUGGAGGAUUUUUUGCGAGUGGCUUCAAGAGGGCUUUCAAAAUAAAGGAUUUUGGUGACAGCAUACCUGGGCAUGGUGGAAUUACUGACAGAAUGGAUUGUCAAAUGGUUAUGGCAGUGUUUGCAUACAUAUACCACCAAUCAUUCAUUGCACCUCAGAACUUCUCUGUUGAGAUAAUCUUGGAUCAGAUUAUAAGAAACCUAGCCUAUGAGGAGCAAAAAUACCUGUACGAGCGACUUGGGGAGAUCUUCCACGAGAGGCAAUUGACGCAAAGCUGA